AUGCGUCGUCGAUAUGGACGUCGACGUGCCGCUAAGGCAAAAGCCACCGCCACCGCUACUGCAGUAAACGCUUCAGCUACUGGCGCAUCGACAGCCUUAUCAGCAGCAGCUCUUGCAGACGCGACUGCGGCUCCGUACGCGUCGACGGCUGCCAAGAAGCGGCAGACCACGGUGCAUGCUGCGGCCCGGAUGAAGCUGCACGUCCAUGGCCACGAAUUCCAGGGCGGCGAAGAGAUUGUGCUGAAUCCCGACAGCUUCCCACAGCUCCGAGAGAUGGCGUGGAAGGAUUACGUGGUCGAGGUCUUCCAUCCAGAGUAUACAGGCGAGACGCAGGUCAUGGCAACGGAUGGAGCAGCAGCCGCCAUGGCCGAAGGUUCGCCACAGAACCAUUUGCUGCUGGAAAUCCCAGAGAGCAGUGCAGCGCCACUUAAGGGCAAGCUGCAGGUGAGUGUGCUCAAGGACACGGCCACGUUCUUUCAGCUGGCACCGUUCAAGGACGUGACGGUGCGGUUCCUGCCCAAGACGCAGGUUAAGGUGGAUUUCGUAGAAGUGGCGCUGAAAGACCAGUUCAUGUCGAGAAGGGACCUCAUGUACUUGAAACAGUCGAUGGUCGGCUUGGCUUUGUAUGUUGGCAAGACGAUCCGAGUGCAGGGGACGAGGUGGCAGGUGCUGGAUGUCCGUGCAGGCGGCGGCAAGGUACGGAGCGGCGUAAUUUCGGAAACUACCAAGUUUACUUUUCGCUCGCAAACGUCGAGGGUGAUGUGGCUGGUGCAAAUUAGUCCAGAGAUGUGGGAUAUGGCGAACUCGGGCAUGUUGUACAUGGAGAUCUUCUUGGCAGUCGUUCGGAACGUGCUGAGCAAGUGGGUGAAGCACAAAGUCUCUCAUAGUCUUACAAUUCUUUUUUAUUCUCGAUGUUUGUACCCGGAAAUGGACCAGGAUCAUGAGGUGUCGUCUUUGGAUAAUGGUCACUAUCGAAGCUCGAUGCCGAAACGAAGACAGCCGUGGGAAGAGGUUGGUGAGAAAGAGUCAUCCUUUCCGUAUGAUGGGAGUGAGCGCUUUUCGGUCGGUGUGGAUGAAAAUGGGAGGCAUUACCAGGAUUUCUACAAACUGGUUACGUUCGACAGCAUAAUUACAGACGUGCAGCCGCUGCUGAUGGAUCUCAAAACAGAAUUGAAUGUGUUUCCGCGCGAAUGUGGCUGGCGGUCACCAGCAGAUUGCUACGUCUCGUCUUUUACUUCUUCGAAGUCGAUCCGAAACGAAGCGUAUCCACGACCGGGGGUCCCGUCAAAUGCGCGCAACGGGAACCUACUAGAAGCUGUAAAUCUCGUGCUCAAUCUAUUCGAGAAGCACCAUAUCGACCGUGACUUGGCCCGCAGCGGUCAAAGCGUCGUGCUCAUUACAGCAGGCAACGGCAUUUUCCCCGUCAAUAAGCGAUUGUCUGAAAUUACGGAACAGCGCAUGAUGGACCAUGGUAUUGGCAUUGACCUCCUCUCGUUGGCAUCUCGUCCGCUGCACAAAUGCCCACUGUUUCUUUUCAAAGAGUCCGAUUUAUCUGAAAUGAAACUUCCUAGUCGGAAAGACGGCAAUCUUGCGACAGAGGUCUGUUUGUGCAGCAACAACCCACAUGGGUCAAAGAACGCGUACCAGCGACGCUCACGCUUGGAUUCAAACGAAGUCAAUGCCGAUACACAGUUGGGAGCGAUUGACCCGGCUGUGUCGUCAAUGCGAACGGGCCAGUUGUGCAAGUAUUGUUUGCAACGGAUGGAAAACUGCAAAAACUAUAUCGUGCCGCUUUGGAUUCCGCUUUGGUUUGUGCAAGAAAACAUGCUCGUUCCUCACGAGUGUCCACUGGACGAAGACAUCACUCGAUUUUGUGAUGUCUGCGCUCCGCAGAGCGUGAAGACAAAAACGUUUGAGCCGCUGCCAAUGUGCCGGAUGUUCAAAGAAAUUGGUUUUACCCACGUCGACACCUGGUCGCUUCCAAAGCCGCUGGAGUGUUUGCUUGCGGGCUUUCCAGCAACCAAACCAUCGAUGAGUGAUGGAAGCCGCAUUAACACCACUUUCAACUUCAGACCGUCUGCUAGCAGGUAUACUCACGACAGCGUCAUUGCUGCCGGUCUAACUAGUGACCUCGUUCGCGCUCGAGCGUCUUCUAUCACGCGCUCCGACGACUCUCUCUCGUGUGAUGGCGAAGUCCGUACGAAAGCCCGUACCUUUUCCGUAUCCGAACAGAAUAGGCUGCUCCACGAGUAUGAAAAGUAUGAUGACGAAGCCUUUGACUUCGCACCAGCACCGAAAUUCGUGCCGAAAUCGUCCGAUAGCGAUGUCAGUGUCCGUGCAGCUACACCACCUCCGCCAAGAUCGGGUAUGCCGUUCUUUACGUCAAUAAUGAGCAAGAAACGGACUGGUGUUGUCGGAUUUCAGUCAGGUUCAGCAGGCACAGGAAACGAAAACGGAAGCAACAGCAGCGGUGGACCUCGCUGGCGUCACUACGAACAACGAUCGCCUUCUCCACUGAAUGUUGACAUGGCUGAGUACAGAGGGAGUUUGGAGGCAACGGCGGGGUCAUUGGAUGACGACAAGGAUAGACACCGCAUGACUUCAAGCUCGUUCCCGAAUACGUUGCAGCCGGGUGACGGCAGUAGCCGAAGUCACACUGCGUUUAUGACGAGCCCGGUCUUACGUCCUGCUGACUAUACCGUUAAUGAAGACAUUUUCCACUCUCAGGCGUAUAUGUUGAAGCAGCUCACGAGCAAUCAGCGCCGAUGGAGUCAAGUGCGGCCAUACGAAGAUCAGCAGUACAAGAUUGCGCAGAAUGUGUUGAAGUGGAGGAGUCUGUGUUUUCCUGCACUUCUACCACUUGCAAGUGAUUUCAUGCCGGCCCCGAAAGAGUUGCAAGCUCACUAUACGGAGUCAUUCUACAGUGUCAUGCUUCCAGAACGCGACGAACAGAAUGGUGUGAUGUUCCGCGAUUAUCGUGAGCUGGUGCUUGAAAUGGUGGCACAGCGACUUUCCCAAGACUUCCAACUUGUCUCCGUGGAAGUGUCGAAUGAAGCUGGUGAGAAAACUGGUACUGUGUUUCGACUCAGCAUGGGCCAUCGAAUUCACGAAAUCGUGUACAAUGAGGAAACGCAGACGAUUGAUGUGAAGCGCUAUCUUCAGAAAGUAACAACCCGCUCGGACGUGGACAUCAUGGAGUAUCGCUACUUGCUUUGGUCGCCCAUUGUAAAUCGAUUUGUCGCAGUUGGCCAAGAAUUCCGCAAGUACCUGCAGAUCGAAUACCAGUGGAACCACCUUGACCAAUUAAUCUGCGGCUACAUUGACGAAAUGAGCGAAGGGAUCCGCUAUAAACGCAGCCUUUAUUGUCUUUUUCCACCUCGGUUGGAAGGCUCGGAUAUCAGCGAUCAAGAAAAAUUGCGGAGCUAUACCGAAGGAUGUCAAAAGUUCCUCGAGUUUCUGCGAGUCAAGGCAGACGCGAGUACAGGAUUUCCGAGUGUGCAGUUCUCGACUGAUUGGCACGACGGCAUUGCAACGAGCGGUAUUAAAGCGUUCAAGCGCGUACGGCAAAGAAGUGUCAAGAUGCUACUGCAUACGAAUGAUGCCUUGACAAGUCAAAACUGGGUGAUCGCAAAGAUUGACACGAAGGUGUUUCCGAUGCAGUGUUUCCAUGUGGAAAUCCAGUGGCUCGUGUGUCGCAGCUCCCUUGUCGAUGAUUUAAUCACUGGCUUGAGUCGCCGCGCGAAGCAGCUCGGCCUGGAAAUGCACCGGGUGACUGAAAACGGCAUCUCAAGCAACCUGGACCUGCAUCCGCUGAAUUGCCCCAUCUUUUUGAAAAUUGACGAUCCGGUCCAGCAGCAAGAGGUGGAGAAGGCAUUGGUCGAGCGAUUUGGUUUCUGCGCUGAAGCGCUGCACCCGAUCCCGUUCACGCAUCUGAAUCAUAACGCAGAGUAUGCGGUCGAAGCGCAGGAGGCCCGGCCACCACGUGCGCGCCGCAUGACUUCGUAUUACCGGCAGUAUGUACACCGGUCGCUGUCGUGCUUUGCGCGCAUGACGCAGACUGGGCUGGUAUGGAUCUCGAACCAGACGGUGCACGACGACGAGAUCCAGCCGAUCUUUGACGAUCUGCGGCAGUAUAUUGAAUCGAUGCAGGUGGCGCACUCGGCGUUGAGGAGUCUGCUGGAUGAUGUGGUCAAGCCUGGAGAAGCAGCAGCACCGUCAAUGACGACAAAAAAGGCUGUGCUGCUGGAUCGAACAGCGCAGGCAGUUGGCGCGAGUGUCUUGUGCGAAGAAAGCGUCAAGAAACAAUCGGAGAGCUCAAGCACGAGUGGGAAUUUGAGCGGUAGCAAAGAAGAGCAGGAAAGUGCUCAAGCGGAGACCAAUGCGGUGGUGUGUCACGCUGCAUUGGACACGAAGGGGGACCUUUUGACCAUUGCAGGGGAAGGGGGUGCUGGAUCCGGUGCUCCGUAUGUGGCAGAACCGCGGGCAGAAGAUCCUCCGGAAUUUGAUGUGAUGCCAUCUUUGGAUCUGAAGGCAAAGCGGAGACGCGAUUCGAGUGACGGUUGUGCAUCUCUGACAUCGUGUGGCUUGGCAGCGUGA